AUGAAGUUUCUAACAGCACUCGCUGCACUUUGUGUGCUUUUCAACAUCAUCUACGCAUCCGACAAUAUCGAAGAAGAUUCAAAAUUAACAGCUCCGGAACUUGUUGAAAAAUAUGGAUAUCCCAUCGAGAACCACUACGUAACAACAACUGAUGGAUAUAUACUUAAUCUGCAACGCAUUCCUUUCGGUAAAAAUGGAAAUAUCAAUGAAAAAGGUAUACCGGUUAUGCUUCAACACGGUCUCAUCGCUUCUUCUGCUGACUGGGUUUUAGCAGGUCCCGAAAAAGGAUUCGCUUACAUUUUGGCCGAUGCCGGUUACGAUGUUUGGAUGGGAAAUGCCAGAGGAAACCGGUACUCCCGUAACCAUACAACAUUAGAUCCGGAUAGUGAUGCAAAGAAAUUUUGGGACUUCUCUUGGCAUGAAAUCGGAAUCUAUGAUAUUCCUGAAAUGAUUGAUUACAUUUUGGAAAAUACUGGUCAUUCUGAUUUAUACCACAUUGGUCACUCGCAAGGAACGACAAGUUUCUAUGUGAUGUGUUCAGAGAAACCCGAGUAUAAUCAGAAGAUAAAGGCUCACUUCAGUUUGGCACCAAUUGCUUUUAUGAAUCAUUUGGUCAGCCCUUUGAUUAGAUUCCUUGCUUUGUUCCAAGGUGGAUUGGGGGCCUUAUCUAAUCUGGUAGGAGCUUACGAAUUUAAUCCAUCAGACGGUCUUCUGGAGAUAGUUACACAAAAGGUGUGCGAAGAAGGAAUUCCACAAAUUGCUUGCAAAAAUACUAUGUUUGUGUUAGCCGGUUACAACAAGGAUCAAAUGAAUACAACUUUGUUACCUCUGAUCACCAGCCAUUAUCCUUCCAGUUCAGCGACAAAACAAGUUCUUCAUUACUGUCAAGAAAUGAAUUCAGGAUAUUUCCGCCAAUAUGACCAUGGAUUAAUAUCAAAUAAAAAACGAUAUGGAUCGAUCAGUCCACCUGAUUAUAAAUUACAUAAAAUUUCUGCUCCAGUCUAUCUGCUUUAUAGUUUGAACGAUUGGAUGUCCGCCGAGAAAGAUGUUAACAGACUAUACGAUCAACUUUUUAAUGUACCGGUUAAGAAAAUUGUAGACCCUAAUUUCAAUCACAUCGAUUAUCUUUGGGGAAUCGAUGCCAAAACAAUUGUUUAUGAUGUUGUUAUUGGUUAUAUGAAUGACUUGCUUGAUUUGUGAAUUUACAAUGUAAUAAACUAAUUAUGGGCUAUUCAUCAGCAACAAUAAAUUUCUUUUUUUUUU